UGCUCGGUGUAGCACUGUCCCAGCACUGCUUCCCUGCUGUCACUCAGGGAAGCCUCCGCCCAGCAGCUCCACAGCCAAGCGGACUCCUUCCAGCUUCCACCCGCGACAAGGGGCUGCAGGAAUGACCGACAAUAUCCCUCUACAACCCGUGAGGCGACCGAAAAGACACGACAGUAAACACAGAAAUGGGUGCUGCCCGUGGUCGAGAUGCUGUGGCAUGGGUGACUUCCGUCCCCGCACCGUGUGGCUCGGCCACCCAGAAAAAAGGGAGCAGAGGUACCCCAGGAAUGUCAUUAACAACCAGAAGUACAACUUCUUCACCUUCCUGCCUGGGGUGCUGUUCAAUCAGUUCAAGUACUUCUUCAACUUGUACUUUUUGCUUUUGGCCUGCUCUCAAUUUGUCGAGGAGUUACGCUUAGGUGCUCUCUACACCUACUGGGUCCCUCUGGGUCUUGUUUUGAUCAUUACCAUCAUGCGAGAGGCAAUUGAAGAAAUUAGGUGCUACCUUCGAGACAAAGAAGUGAACUCUCAGAUUUACAGCAAGCUUUCAACAAGAGGCACUGUGAAGGUUAAAAGCAGCAGCAUUCAAGUUGGUGAUCUAAUAAUUGUGGAAAAGAACCAGCGUGUUCCUGCUGACAUGAUCUUUCUAAGGACCUCUGAAAGAAAUGGCUCCUGUUUCCUGCGGACUGACCAGCUUGAUGGAGAGACGGACUGGAAACUACGCCUCCCAGUGGCCUGCACGCAGAGACUACCAACUGCUGGCGACCUUCUCCAAAUCAGAUCAUACGUGUAUGCAGAAGAGCCAAACAUUGAUAUCCACAACUUUAUCGGAACCUUUACCAGGGAAGAUGGAGACCCACCAGUUAAUGAAAGCCUCAGCAUUGAAAACACCCUGUGGGCGAGCACUGUUAUUGCCUCUGGCACAGUGGUGGGGGUCGUGAUUUACACAGGCAAGGAGCUGCGCAGUGUCAUGAACACCUCCAACCCUAGGCACAAGGUUGGUUUGUUUGACCUAGAGGUGAACUGUUUGACUAAAAUCCUGUUUGGAGCCCUGGUUGUGGUGUCACUGGUCAUGGUGGCCCUCCAGCACUUCGCCGGCCGUUGGUACCUGCAAAUCUUUCGCUUCCUGCUGCUCUUCUCCCACAUUGUGCCCAUUAGUUUGCGUGUAAAUCUGGAUAUGGGAAAGAUGGUUUUCAGUUGGAUGAUUAAGAAAGACUCAAAGAUCCCUGGGACAGUGGUGAGGGCAAGCACCAUACCUGAACAGCUCGGACGGAUCUCCUACCUGCUGACUGACAAAACGGGAACUCUUACCCAAAAUGAAAUGGUGUUCAGACGGCUCCAUCUUGGAACUGUGGCAUAUGGGAUGGACUCAAUGGAUGAAGUACAGAGCCAUGUGUUCAGUGCCUACACGCAGCCCACCCAUGACCUUCCAGCCUCCAGGGCUCCAGCAGCCACUAAGGUUCGAAAAACCAUCAGCAGUAGAGUUCACGAGGCUGUGAAGGCCAUCGCCCUGGUGCACAACGUAACACCCGUGUACGAGUCCAACGGCGUGACGGACCAGGCCGAGGCCGAGCAGCACUACGAAGACACUUGCAGAGUCUACCAGGCAUCCAGCCCAGAUGAGGUGUCGCUGGUGCAGUGGACUGAGAGCGUCGGCCUUACACUUGUAGGAAGAGACCAGUCAUCCAUGCAGCUGCGGACCCCUACUGGCCAAAUACUGAACUUCACAAUCCUUCAGAUAUUUCCCUUCACUUAUGAGAGCAAAAGGAUGGGGAUUAUAGUCAGAGAUGAAUCAACAGGAGAGAUCACUUUCUACAUGAAAGGUGCCGAUGUGGUGAUGUCAGGCAUCGUCCAGUAUAACGACUGGCUGGAGGAGGAGUGUGGGAACAUGGCGAGGGAAGGUCUGAGAGUCCUCGUGGUUUCCAAAAAGUCGCUGACAGAGGAGCAGUAUCAGGAUUUUGAGGCACGGUACGUGCAGGCCAAGCUCAGCGUCCAUGACCGCUCUCUGAAGGUGGCCACAGUGAUUGAGAGUCUUGAGAUGGAGAUGGAGUUGUUGUGUCUGACUGGGGUGGAGGAUCAGCUCCAGACUGAUGUCAGGCCCACUCUGGAGAUCCUCCGCAAUGCAGGCAUCAAGGUUUGGAUGCUGACCGGAGACAAGCUUGAAACGGCCACGUGCACUGCUAAGAACGCCCAUCUGAUCACCCGCAACCAGGACAUUCAUAUCUUCAGACCAGUGACAACACGAGGGGAAGCCCACCUGGAGCUCAACGCUUUCAGGAGAAAGCAUGACUGCGCUCUGGUGAUAUCGGGGGACUCGCUUGAGGUUUGUCUGAAGUAUUAUGAAUAUGAGUUCAUGGAGCUUGCGUGCCAGUGUCCCGCUGUGGUUUGCUGCCGAUGCACCCCCACUCAGAAGGCUCAGAUAGUCCGACUGUUGCAAGAGCGCACAGGCAAACUCACCUGUGCAGUAGGGGAUGGAGGAAACGAUGUCAGCAUGAUCCAGGAAGCGGACUGUGGCGUGGGAGUGGAGGGGAAAGAAGGAAAGCAGGCCUCUUUGGCUGCCGACUUCUCGGUGACUCAGUUUAAACAUUUAGGCCGUCUCCUCAUGGUCCAUGGGCGGAACAGCUACAAAAGGUCUGCGGCCCUCAGCCAGUUUGUCAUCCACAGGAGCCUGUGCAUCAGCACCAUGCAGGCAGUUUUCUCCUCUGUUUUCUACUUUGCUUCAGUCCCACUCUACCAAGGAUUCCUGAUUAUUGGCUAUUCCACUAUCUACACCAUGUUCCCUGUCUUCUCCCUGGUGUUGGACAAAGAUGUUAAGUCAGAGGUUGCCAUGCUAUACCCAGAGUUGUAUAAGGAUCUUUUGAAGGGUCGACCACUAUCUUUCAAGACGUUCCUAUUAUGGGUUUUAAUAAGUAUAUAUCAAGGGAGCAUCAUCAUGUAUGGAGCAAUGCUGCUCUUCGAGUCCGAAUUUGUCCAUAUCGUUGCUAUUUCGUUCACCUCUCUUAUCCUGACUGAGCUACUGAUGGUGGCUCUGACCAUUCAGACAUGGCACUGGCUCAUGAUAGUUGCCGAGCUCCUGAGCCUGGCUUCUUAUAUCGCCUCGCUCGUCUUCCUGCACGAGUUCAUCGAUAUUUAUUUCAUCACCACCGUAUCGUUCCUGUGGAAAGUGACUGUCAUCACGCUGGUGAGCUGUCUGCCCCUGUACAUCCUCAAGUACCUGCGCAGACGCUUCUCUCCACCCAAUUACUCCAAGCUGACCUCUUAAACCAAGGUCUCCUCCGAGAGGUCUCAGGAUUUGUUUUUUGCGGGAAAACACAAAGAUUUUCCUCUCUUUGAACUGCAAACCUGCACCUUGACCAGAGAAUCAAAUACAGAUAAACGCCCUUUAAUUUUCUCUGAAAAACUCUUGUUAGAAAUGUCAAAUGUAGACUGAAUCGACAGGGACAGAUUGUUUACUGGUUGGGAGAGUUUGUGUCAGUUUAAAAAAAAAAAA